CGGAGCAACACAUCCCUUCAUUACCGACCCGUCCGGACCGAAGGAGCACAGAGAGGCGAUCCGUAGAAAAGCGAACAGAUGUGAUCCGGACUACGAGAAGAGAAACAAAGCUGUAGUUUAAAGACGGAGAACCUUUCGAGUCUGCUAACAAUGUGGCAACCCGCGUCGGAGCGAUUGCAGCACUUUCAGACCAUGCUGAAGACCAAGCUCAACGUGCUGACGCUGAGGAAGGAGCCGCUGCCCACGGUGAUCUUCCACGAGCCCGAGGCCAUCGAGCUCUGCUCCACCACGCCGCUCGCAAAGGGCCGGACCCAUGCUGGAUACAAGGUGUCCUACCUGGGCAAAGUGAGAAUCUCCGGCACCCAGUUUCUGUCAGGCUGCACCGAGUCGGCGGUGGUGGGUCUGGUGGACGGCCGCGCCCUUGCCCAGCAGCGGGGCACCUACCCCGAAGGAAACUCCCUGCUGGAGAUCCGUCCCUUCCAGGUGCGUCUUCACCACCUGGACGGGCACGGCGAGGCCUCGGUAACCAUGGACACCUACCAGGUGGCGCGGAUCGCCUACUGCACGGCCGACCACAGCGCGAGACCCAACGUGUUCGCCUGGAUCUACCGGGAGAUCAACGACGACCUGUCCUUCCAGAUGGACUGCCACGCCGUCGAGUGCGAGAGCAAGCUGGAGGCCAAGAAGCUGGCGCACUCGAUGAUGGAGGCCUUCCGCAAGACUUUCCACAGCAUGCGGAGCGACGGCCGCAUCCACAAGAGCGGCUCGUCGGACGACUUUGCAGAGGACUCGUCCACCCCUGAAGACACGACCCCGGACGACGGUUGAGCUGAAAGUCGCCUAAGCCCCCGACGCCUGUCCCGACUGGGCGAGGGGUUACUGGAAGGAUGGACAGAUUAACCUGCUCGCUCUCUCUCUCUUGCUCUCUCUCUCUCUUCUCCCCUACGAUCUCUCUGGUACAAUUGGAACAGAUGACUGACCAUGGUAUGUGGUGACCUCACCAGUAUACACAAAGUAGUUUUUAAAUACUGUAAUGGGAAAGUACGUUUAAAAAAAGGAGUUACAAAAGACCUACAUUUACAUACAGGGAUAUCAAAGUGCUGCCACUUUAAACGAAAGGUCCUCAAAGGCCCACAGGAAGCUUUCAAGCACCGCUGUAACCGCCCUCAAGAGAUCGACUCGACAUUUCCAUCUUCACCUUCAGCCACUGUGUCACUCCUGCUCCCAGCAGAGACUCUGUUUGUGGCUCUGAAGCUUUUCACCCAGCAAACAAACGGGGUUCGGCCCCCGUUCUUCUGAACCCAAGCUCAACGAAAACCCGUCGCUACUCUUGCCAUGGACGGGACACCGGCACGAAGAGGCCUGUGACUUAUUUUUGGGUUCCCAACCCCAGAGUUAAUGAGACUGUUGGAGCACAUAAAUUCUUUUUAGAUGUUUAACCAUGUGGAUCUCUGUUACAAUGCCUUCGACCUUGGUAAUGGGCAAAUGAGGAUGUGAAAGAAAAGCUAAGCCUUUAAGCACUAUUCAUAUCAUCACUAUGGUACCUUAGUCCGACCCUGAAAUUACUUGCCGGCAUAGCUGUUACGCGCGCAGACAACGGAGCCGGAGCUUCUAGCGCCGCCUCCGUUUAACGGCUUCUUAAACGUUCAGAAUAAUCGCACGGCGCCUCUGGAGAAUGUAGGUGCUACGUAGAUGUUCCAUUUUAGAAGUUCUCACCGGGCUGAAAGCCUGAGGCCCUGACUGCGACACCUUAAUCAUCCACUUGUGUUUUGAAUAUACCAAAAUUCAGGCUGCAUUUUGCCUGUCAGAUUAUGUGCCUCACUUUCCUCUCACAUUAGUUUGGUCUCUUACCCGGGUCCCUGUGUGUAUGUGUGGCUCUAUGCGCGGGCCAACCCUUUUUCCUAAUGUGUGUGUGUGUGUGUGUGUGUGUAUAAUUGCUUACUUGUGUACUUUGUGUAUUUGAUUGUACACAUGAGUGCUGUUGGAGGUGAGACAUCUCUGUUUGUGUGAAAGAGAACAAGGUAAGGGAGUAGGAAGAUUAGGGGGGGAUUAGCUGGGGUUUUUCUCAUUGCCCCGGAAGCAUCCAUUUUUGAUGCUUAAGGGGGGCGUUUUAUCAUCAGGACGCGGUACUCUGACCAUUUGCCACGUUUUCUCGCAAAACGGGAGACACAUAGAGUCUGGACGUGUCAGUCACUGAGGAUGUAGGACGCCUAAAACACCCCCGUCCGAGUUAACGGCCGACACCCCCUGGGCCUCUGCUGAAUGUAUGCCGGGUCCAACGUGUCUGUGAACGCCUCGCCCCGUCCACGGCGGGUGACCGAUUCCCCUCCUGCAACAUCGAGGCACCGCCGCGGGGCCAAAUCUCAUCAGAGCGCCACUCUUCUUCUUCUUCUUCUUUUUCUUCUUCUCCUCUUUUUUUUUUUUUUUUUUUUUAACUGGACUGCAUUGAACAGGCUGGAAAAGGUCCUCGGCCAGUAACCUAAAAAGAACGAUCGGGGUGGCUCUGGUCGGCACACACUCAAAUAUAUAUAUACACCAACAUAGAAUUAUACAUCAUGUACACACACAUUGUAUUUGAGUAUUGCUCAAUAAGCUUAUGUAAAUACAAAUGUAUCACUCUCCAAAUAUUACAGCAUACAUGUUGAUAGAUAUUUUAAAUGAGAAACCAUCGUACGAUACAGAAACAAUGUUAUGAAGCCUACUGUGAAUAAUAAUUGGAGAGCCUGAUAGCGGUGGCUGUGUGUGUGUGUGUGUGUGUGUGUGUGCGCAGGUGUGAUUGUAUGUGUUGGGACGAGUGCUGAGGAGGGGUGGACGUGUCGGGGGGGGGUGAGUGUUCAUAAAGCUGUAGAUUACUGUGUCAUGUCUGUCUGAAAGCUCAGACGCGCUUUAAAUGUUUGAAAAGUGUUACCUUAAGUGUUUUCUAUACAGUGUUUGCAAAGAUCAAGAAACAAUUGCAUAUAAAGUAUUUACCAAGACCAA